CUUACAAGGCUUAUUUACAAAGCAGGAAAACCGCGUUUUGAUGUGAAACGCAGCCCAUUGCUACUUGAUCCGGAAAGUUGAUUGCAUUCAAUUCACGAAGACAAUUCAACAAAGUGCAGCUAAAAUGGUUUUUAAGCGUACGAUCCUUUUUUUGGCUCUGGGUUUAUCUUUCUGCCAGACGGAAUCAAAAUACCUUCUCCAUCCGAAGUUCAGAGGAAUGAUUAUGGAGAACAGUUUUGACGAGGCAUCAGGUGAGGUCAAUAGUUCUAGGCAAAUUUCGUUCCAGCCUUUAUAUUUCUCUUGGCUGAUAUGAUUUGGAAAAGAAAACGACAGUAGCAAAUAAACAAAGCCUUACUAUUUAGUAGCUUAUUUUAAGCGUUGGGACACCACUAUUAAUUAGCCGAAGGCAUAUGCAUUGUAUACGCAAAUAAAUGACGGUCAAGUUGAUUCGUAGCUCCGUUGCUUUGAGUUUGUGUUACUUUGUCACAGAUUUCGUCCUUAGUAAGUAAAGGUAGACCCAUUUCAUUGAUUCCGUCGCUGGAAUUUAAACACAGACUCACAAUUCAUUACCUUUUCUCGACUGACCUUAUUCAACCGGGGUGGAAUUUUAUGUUAACGCAGUAGAAUUAAGUUACACGUUUAUUUAUCCUUUGGGCAAGGCAAAGGCUGGGCACUCAAUUAAAAGAAGCUUCUUUAAGUUCUCAAUGGGAUGAUGGUUUUUGCGGCUAACGGCUAAAAUUUUUGCCAAUUUGCGGCUAUCGGUAAAUAUCUUUCCACUGCUGUAACCAGAAAUUUUUUUACGGUUAACUUUUUCUACCACUAACGGUUAAAAGUUCCCAAAUUUUUACGGCUAAUGGCUCAAUGUUUUGGUCGCUUUACAGCCAACGGUUAACCCCAUUGAGAUCCUCUUAAAAAGUUUUGAAGCCGUUGAAGUCGUUCAAAAAUAAACUAAAAAACCGAAUCCUCAAAUUGCCAAGUUUGUACUUUAUCCACCGCCAUUGUCGAUAGUUAACGUUUCAAAAGAGAGGUCAGAUCUCGAGCCCUGAUAAGCCAUACGGCGGGGCUACAAUUCUCGCAUGGAAAUCGCUUUAAUCUCUAUAGCUUAUGUUAUAAACAGUGAAAAUAGGAUUUGUGACGUAUCUCGUUGAUUCCUGUUAUCUUUUCGUAAACGGAUUAUACGGGGGUCUGUAUAGCGUGACUCCGACAGCGCAGAGAACGUGCGGUUACUUCUCAUUAUAAAUAGGAGAAUCUAGAAUCCGAUGAAAUAACUUCGGCGCGCUAUGUAUCUCCACAUAACUAAACGAGUGAAAACGCUUCAGGAUUUUACUACGAUAAUUCAGGAAUUCCUCUGUAACAAUUUGCGAAAGGAAUAAAAUUAACUAUGCGUCACCUUUUAGGAAUUGGAAAACUUAGUAUAGACGAAAUAUAUUGCAGCAUACAUAUGUACUUCAUCGGUGCAACUGAUCCAGAAAUCUGAAGUUAUUACUCUCAAAAGUAUGCUAUUAAGCCAAAUAACCGGAAAUAUCAUUCAUGUGGCGUACUGACGGGAUAUAAAUUAACAGAUAAGGACAAAAUGCGAGGGAAUAUGAACUUUUGCAUGUAUAGCUUGAGCUCAUGGGUUAUGGGACAUUUGUUUUUUGAAAGAGAGUUCUGAAAAGUAAGCUUUGUUAAUGAAGACAAUAUUUUUCUGGACAUUUACACAAUCUUUGCAACUGUUCCUUGCGCGCCCUUCGCUCGAACUAACGAGGAAUGCAGGUAUAAAGAGUAUGAACGCAUUACAAUAACUGGCUGAAAAUUGUCUGUUAGGAGAAGAUUAUAUCUCUCGGACUUGAUUGUAGACAUACUGCGAAAAAUUAUCAUUUUACCACCAAGUUACACUUAAAAAGAAACUGCGUGACAAAAAAUAUAUGUUAGAGAUAAAAUGAAAUUUGCUUAGUGAAAAAAGUUCCUAUUGUCACAAAGGUUGAGCAGGGAGGGGGGUGGGAGGGGGAGAUAUGAAACGAACGUCGAAGGAAGAUAUCGUGAGUGAGAAACGGACCAGAGACCUAUGAGAACAGCAUAAGCGAAAGGGUGCCUUGAGAGAACUCGACCUUGGUAUCUCACCUGUAAGGAGGUGAGGUUGGACGUACAGGACGGAAGGAUUGGUGUUGCGGGGAGAGAAGGACACGUGGCGCUGUAGUAAGGGGGCAGGUAGAGAUAUUAAGCAUACGUAGCCAAUUCACAUAGCUUAGGACUAUUGACUGAAAAGGAAUAUCGAUUUGAGUGGAGUGGAAAGAGGAGAAAGAGAGAAAGAAAGGAUGGAGAAUGAACUUUUUGGAUACAUGACGAGAAGGCGGAGGAGAAGGAGGAGGAGAAUGGCUAUUGUGGGAUUAAACAAAAAGCAGAUUUUGCCUACAAAAUUUAUUUCCUGUGUAAAAUUGACUCGUGACCUGGCUCUCUCUUCUAACCACAGGUCGGUGUCAAUAUUUGGACCACCGCUAUGAUGAAGGACAAGUCAUGGUUCCAGAUGACAAAUGCAACUACCAGUGCACCUGUUACGUGUCUGAAUACUUUGUCGGAUUUCUGUGCGAGCCAUUGUGUCAUAGAUACAUUGACUACAUUGACUGCAUGCCAGGAUAUGAGAUGAAAAGUCGUAGGGUACCUGCCGGGCCUUUAGAGUUUGGAUGCGAGUGCAAAGUGUUAGAGUGUGUUCCAUCCUUCGAUAUCGAGUCAUUUCUCAACUCUCGAAAAUUACAAGGGAUGUAACUCUCUCAUGUGCGAGAGUGUAAUUUUGACAUUGGUAAACCCUAAGCAACCGAAGAAAGAAAUGUUUUUGUAUCCCCAUUUAUCGAUAAGGAACUCGUUAUAUCUAAAAAAAAAAAAAACUAAUGACUCCUCCCUAUUGACAGUCAUUUCUCUAUGAUCCCUCCUUUAUACCCUGUUAGCGACGACUGAUGCCCCCACCUUUCCCCCCUGACAAAUAUGUGAUCUCCCAAACCCCCC